AUGCGACAAGACGACAACUUCAGAUUAUUUUUUGCUCCAGGCUGGCCUAGUUCUAGGGGCGACCUGUCUAAUCCUACCCUUAUGCAACAACAUCGUGAGAUUUGCAAAUCAACGCAAAUCAACGUUACCGCAACCGUGCCUGCACCCGAGAGGCAACAAAAGAUUAUCGGUGGAACCAAUACAACAAUUGAGAAAUAUCCUUUUGCUGCAUCUUUGUUGUACUCGAGGAAUUUAUUCAUAUAUAAGCAAUCUUGUGGUGGUACCAUUAUCAGCAGCGGAUCAAUCCUCACCGCGGCUCACUGUGUAUUUGGUGACACACGUGACAGAUGGCGUAUACGUGUUGGUUCCACAUUGGCAAACAGGGGUGGUACCGUUCAUAAACCUUAUCAGAUCAUCACCCAUCCAAACUACAAUGGUCGCACACAUGACAACGAUGUCGCUAUAUUGCGCACUGUCAAUAUCUCUUUCAGCAACCGUGUUCGAGCUGCCAGUAUUGCUGGUUCCAGCUACAUUCUCCGUGACAAUGAGACUGUAUGGGCUGUUGGAUGGGGAAGAACUUCGGUCGGAGGUUCUACUUCUGAGGAACUGCGCCAUGUUCAGGUCUGGACUGUCAACCAAGCUACAUGCAGAAACCGUUAUGCUGAACUAGGCAAGACUGUCACAGACAACAUGUUAUGUUCUGGAUGGCUUGAUGUUGGCGGUCGUGACCAGUGCCAAGGUGACUCCGGUGGCCCACUUAUUCAUGUAAUCACACAAUCACACAGUGCCAUUGUUGGUGUAUGCUCUUGGGGUGAACAGUGCGCUCUCGCACGAUACCCUGGUGUCAACGCUCGUGUUUCUCGAUUCACAUCCUGGAUCCAAUCAAACGCAUAA